UAGACCACGGCACAGUCAAGGAGUUGCAGAGGACGCUGAAGGGGAAUCCUGGAACCGAGGUUCAGACCGGGACGAGGAACUCAGAGAGGGGAGACGAGGAGCAGGACAGACCAGGGAGGUGGCUGGACGUGGCAGGCGGAGGAGGUGUGUGGAUCUGGAAACAGGAAAGAAGCAGGGUUAGGAAGAUGGCGUCAGUUUUCCACUGCAUUGUGCUCCUUUGUUUGACCGGUGGACUGUGGAUGGAGGCAGACGCAAGUUGUCCCAUAAGAAAAGGUUGCCCCCAAGGUUGGUCUCUGCUUGGCUCUCGCUGUUUCAUCUUCAACUAUGAGGAAAAGGAAUGGGCUAUUGCUGAGAAAUCUUGCACUGCCCUGGGUGGUAAUCUGGCUUCCAUCGAAACGCACGUUGAAUACCUAUUCAUCAGACAGUUGGUGAAAACGGCAACAGGCAAAAAUAAACUUUCUUGGGUUGGAAGCAGUGAUGCUGUCAAGGACGGUGUGUGGCUGUGGAGCGAUGGCUCUAAUUUUAAAUUUGGCGGCUGGGCAAAGGGGGAGCCAAAUGGUCAAGGAAAGGAAAAUUGUAUGGAGAUUAACUUUAGAGAAUCUGACUACGUCAACGACUCGGUGUGUUCUGGGAAGAAAUCGUUUGUUUGUUCUGCCAACUCAUCUCCCCUGGGAUAA